CAAAUAAAUGUGCAAACUGCAGUCCAAUAAAUGUUGUUUACAACUUGAUUUAAUUAUUUAUCGUUAUUUAUAGGUUUACAGAAUGGAUGAAGUUGCAAAAUUAGAGCAUCUCUCUUUAGUUUCUAAAAUAUGUACAGAAUUGGAUAACCAUUUAGGUUUAAAUGACAAAGAUCUAGCUGAAUUUAUAAUUGACUUGGCAGACAAAAACCCAACAUUUGACGCUUUUAAGAAAUGUCUUAUUGAGAAUGGGGCUGAGUUUUCAGACUCAUUUAUGACCAAUUUACUCCGCAUCAUACAGCAUAUGAAGCCAGUCAGUUCAGCGGAUAAAAAUGACAAAAACAUAUCAAGUUCCAACCCACUGGCAACAAAGUUUCCCGGAUUGGCAAUCCCUAAUGAGAAACCUCCAGUAUUUUCAUCUGAAGAAAGCAGUGAUGAAGAUGAGAAGAAGAACAAAAAUAAUAGAAUAACUAAUAAGGAUUUAUUUAAAGAAGAGGCAAAAGUUAAAGAAUCUGGUGGUAAUGUGAUUGAUCAAGCUAUGGCAGAGUUAGAAGCACUGGCACCUUCUAAUUUAAAUGUCAAGAAGGAAGAAAAAAAAGAUAUAAUUAAGGACCACAGUGACAGUAAAGUCAAAAGAGACAGAUCUCGUGAAAGAAAUAGAAAACGUAGCAGAAGUAAGGAUAGACGAAGUAGAACUCCUGAUCGCAGAAAUAGAAGUAGAGAACGAGAUAAAGACAGAAGGAGACGGUCCAGAAGUCGUCAUCGUCAUAGAUCAAGGUCUAGGGAUAGGAAUAGAAGAUCGAGAUCUCGAGGUAGGAGGUCAAGGUCGCGAGGUAGACGGUCAAGAUCUAGAGGUAGGAGAUCGAAAUCUAGAUCCCGUUCACAAGAUAGGCAUAGAGAAGAUAGUUAUAGAUAUAGAGACUUUGAUAAGAGAAAAAAGAAGAGUCCUGAAGUUGAAAUGAGUGAUGAUCCGGAACCAGGAAAGAUAUAUGGCGGGAGAGUGGCAAAUAUAGUUCCAUUCGGUUGUUUUGUACAAAUGGAAGGUUUAAGGAAGAGAUGGGAGGGCCUGGUGCACAUCUCACAGCUACGAGCUGAGGGUAGAGUCACCAAUGUCUCUGAUGUUGUCUCCAGGGGUGAUAAAGUUAAGGUAAAGGUGCUGUCGAUAACUGGCCAAAAAGUGUCUCUAACAUUAAAAGAUGUAUGCCAAGAGACUGGAAAAGAUCUGAAUCCAACAUCACAUGCACAUUUAGAGGCAGAAAGAGAGGGGCGUAACCCAGACAGACCAGCCCCCGCGGCCACAGUCCUGGCUGGACUACAAGGUAAUCUGGACCCUGAUGAAGAUUCCAGUCGCAAGCGGGUCACAAGGAUCUCUAGUCCUGAACGAUGGGAGAUUAAACAGAUGAUAUCGUCUGGUGUAAUUGAUAAAAGUGAAUUACCCGACUUUGAUGAAGAAACUGGUCUACUACCAAAAGACGAAGAUGGUGAAGCUGAUAUAGAAAUAGAAUUGGUAGAAGACGAACCUCCGUUCCUACAAGGUCAUGGCCGAGCACUUCACGACCUGUCACCAGUAAGGAUAGUCAAGAACCCUGAUGGCUCACUGGCACAGGCGGCAAUGAUGCAAUCCGCUCUAGCGAAAGAAAGAAGAGAACAGAAGAUGCUGCAAAGAGAACAAGAAAUGGAAAGUCUACCGACUGGGUUAAAUAAAAACUGGAUAGAUCCACUACCUGAGGCUGAUGGACGGACUCUGGCUGCAAAUAUGAGAGGAUCAGGAAUAACUCCGCAAGAUCUACCAGAGUGGAAGAAACAUGUGAUUGGCGGGAAAAAGUCGUCUUUUGGCAAAAAGACCAAUCUAUCACUCUUGGAACAGAGACAAUCGUUACCUAUUUACAAACUAAAGGAUGAAUUAAUUAAAGCGGUAGCGGACAACCAGAUAUUAAUAGUGAUAGGUGAGACUGGGUCGGGUAAGACGACGCAGAUGACGCAGUACGUGGCGGGGUGCGGGCUGGCGGCGCGCGGCAAGGUGGCGUGCACGCAGCCGCGCAGAGUCGCCGCCAUGUCCGUGGCCAAGCGCGUCGCGGAGGAGUUCGGCUGUCGACUCGGACAGGAGGUCGGGUAUACCAUACGAUUCGAAGAUUGUACCAGCCCGGAGACUAUUAUUAAAUACAUGACAGAUGGUAUGUUGCUCCGAGAGUGUCUGAUGGAUUUAGACCUGAAGAGUUACUCCGUGAUCAUGUUGGACGAAGCUCACGAGAGGACCAUCCACACCGACGUACUCUUCGGUCUGCUCAAACAAGCAGUUCAGAAGAGACCAGAGUUAAAACUGAUUGUUACAUCUGCAACAUUGGAUGCUGUCAAAUUCUCACAAUACUUCUUUGAAGCGCCCAUCUUCACUAUACCUGGAAGAACAUUCCCAGUCGAAGUUCUUUAUACAAAAGAGCCAGAAACUGAUUACUUAGAUGCGUCGCUAAUAACAGUUAUGCAAAUCCAUUUAAGGGAGCCUCCGGGAGAUAUACUGUUGUUCUUGACGGGUCAAGAAGAGAUUGACACAGCUUGUGAGAUAUUAUACGAACGUAUGAAGUCUUUAGGUCCUGAUGUACCAGAACUGAUCAUCCUACCAGUAUACUCAGCUCUGCCUUCAGAAAUGCAGACAAGGAUAUUCGAACCGGCACCACCAGGGUCGAGGAAGGUGGUCAUAGCUACCAAUAUAGCUGAAACUUCGCUGACCAUUGAUGGUAUAUACUAUGUGGUGGAUCCAGGGUUUGUGAAGCAGAAGGUGUACAACUCGAAGACGGGGAUGGACUCUUUAGUUGUCACGCCUAUUUCACAGGCGGCGGCGAAGCAACGCGCAGGUCGUGCCGGUCGCACGGGCCCCGGCAAGUGCUACCGGCUGUACACGGAGCGCGCUUACCGCGACGAGAUGCUGCCCACCCCCGUGCCGGAGAUACAGCGCACCAACCUCGCCACCACUGUGUUGCAACUCAAAACAAUGGGUAUCAACGAUUUAUUGCACUUCGACUUCAUGGACGCGCCGCCCGUGGAGUCCCUCAUCAUGGCGCUGGAGCAGCUGCACUCCCUCUCCGCACUCGACUCUGAGGGGCUGCUCACUAGGCUGGGACGCAGGAUGGCUGAAUUCCCGUUAGAACCGAAUCUAUCAAAAAUACUAAUCAUGUCGGUCGCGUUGCAAUGUUCGGACGAAAUAUUAACAAUAGUAUCAAUGCUGAGCGUUCAGAACGUAUUCUACCGGCCCAAAGACAAGCAGGCGCUCGCUGACCAGAAGAAGGCCAAGUUCAAUCAGCCGGAGGGUGACCACCUCACACUCCUCGCGGUCUACAACAGCUGGAGGAACAACAAGUUCUCUAACGCCUGGUGCUAUGAGAACUUCGUUCAGAUACGCACGUUGAAGAGGGCACAGGAUGUGAGGAAGCAGUUGUUAGGCAUCAUGGAUAGGCAUAAACUAGAUGUGGUAUCAGCAGGGAAGAAUACAGUACGCAUUCAGAAGACCAUAUGCUCAGGUUUCUUCAGGAACGCCGCUAAGAAAGACCCGCAGGAGGGGUACAGAACUCUUGUCGACAGCCAAGUUGUCUACAUCCAUCCUUCAAGUGCAUUAUUUAACAGACAACCUGAAUGGGUUAUUUACCAUGAGUUAGUUCAAACGACGAAAGAAUAUAUGCGUGAAGUGACGACGAUAGAUCCAAAGUGGCUGGUCGAGUUUGCUCCGGCAUUUUUCAAAUUCUCAGACCCGACCAAACUCUCCAAGUUCAAGAAGAACCAGAGACUGGAACCUCUGUACAACAAAUACGAAGAACCCAACGCUUGGAGGAUAUCAAGAGUCAGAAGGAGAAGGAAUUGAUUUGUCUGUUGGUUUUGUCGUGUAUUUGCUUAAUUAUGUGACCAAGAUAAGAUAAAGUUUUAAUAAAAAUAGAACAGUA